AUGACUAAAAAUGGUAUGGGAUUAUCAGAAAUUUUUAAUAAUAAUGGUAAAGAUAGUAAAACAGGAAGAUUAAUUACAAUUAUUUUACCACAUCUUGCAUUAUAUGUUAUAAUAUUUUUUUAUUUAUUAUUUGGAGCAUUAAUUUUUACAAAAAUAGAAUAUUAUAAUGAUCGUCAACAACAAAUAAAUAAGAUGCAAAAUAUAUUAAAAAUAUAUUAUAAAACAUAUAAUGAAGCUAGAAUAUUAUGUCCUGAUGCAGCUGAAACAGAUCCAGAAAAUUUUAAAAAACAUAUUUUUAAUUCAUUAUCAAAAAUAUCAAGUCAUAUGUUAGGUAAGCAUUAUGUUCUCCAAACAGAUGAAGGAAAUUUAUUAGAAAUGUUAGAACCAAGAUGGAAUAGAUUAUCAGCUGUAUUAUAUGCUUUAAGUAUUUUGACAACAACAGGGUAUGCACAGGUGACACCUUCAACCUCAUUAGGACAAUUAUUUUCAAUAUUAUAUGGUCUUAUUGGUAUUCCAUUAAUGUUUUUUGCAGCAGUAGAUAUUGGUAGAUUUUUAUCAGAUUGUGUAUUAUUUGCCUACCCAAAAAUAUUAAAUAUAAUAGAAAGAAUAAAAAAAAUAACUGGUUUAGAAAAUACAAAUGAUAAAAAGAUAAUUUAUGGUCCAUCAUUUUGUUCAUCAGAAAUUAAGACAUUGGCUGAUUUAAAAAAAUCAAAAACAAAAAAAUGGUUAAAGGCAAGACGUAAAAGAAAAAAAAGUUAUAAAGAGGAGGAAAAAGUUAAAAAAAAUGAAAAAAGUUUACCAUUAUCAGUGAAUGCUGCUAUUUUAUUAAUGUUUUGUACAUUAGGUGGUAUAGUUUAUAUAGUAGGAGGUGGCUCCCAAAAAACAUUUAUUGAAUCAUUUUUUGUAACAUUUAAUUUAGUUGCAAAUUUAACAAUGAGUGAAAUGCCAACAGAUAUUUCAAAUGUAAUGACGUUAUUUUAUAUAGCAUUUUUUGUUAUAUUUGGCUUAGCAGUAUUAUCUAUGUGCGCUGAGUUAGCAGCAACAGAGUUAAAAUGGCUUUUUUGGAAGAUACAUUAUUAUGGAAGAAAGAUAAAAUUUAAAAGAAAAAAGGCAUAUUUAUCACAUGAUGAAGUAAAAGAAUUAUUAAAAAUUAUUGAAGAAGUACGUCAAAAAUAUCCAACUAAGGAGGUAAUAACAACAUUAGAUAUAUUAGAAUAUAUUCAAGAAAUGAAAGCAGAAUUUUAUUUUGAAAAUAAUGAAAUUUUUGUUUCAUCAAAAAGACGUAGUACUUGUGCAUUUAUGCCUACAAGUUUUAAUGCUCUUAAAUUUGCUGACGAAAAUGAAAUUGAUGGAACGACAUCAGAAACUUCUGAAAGUAGUUUAAACUAUGAUGAAACAACGUCAAAUAAAUACAGAGAUAUAAUAGUUAAAGUACCUGAAGCAUAUAUAGCUUCUGAAUUGUAA